CCACAGAUAGCCCAACAACUAUCUGCCUCCCCAGGCAAGACUUAAGGCUUUGACUGUUGGUUUGUGGUUAGAAUUCAAACAUUGGUUCAACAUUCAGUCGAGCCACAACAACAGCAGCAGCAGAAGUAACAGCCGCACACACAUGCAAGCUGUGGCAGUGGGAAAACUAUGAAAAAGAUAUAUAUUGGCAAAACAGCCCUGAAAAGCCAGAGAAAUGGAUGCAAACAUCCAAAACGCAGCUCCUUCCACGACCACAAGGAUGAGCUCCGUAAGCGCCUGUCCUACACCACCCACAAACUAGAGAUGGUAGAAACAGAGUUCGACUCCACUCGGCAGUACCUGGAGACUGAGCUGCGGCGGGCUCAGGAGGAACUGGAGAAAUUCACAGAGAAGCUGCGCAGGAUCCAAAGUGGUUACUCAGCUCUUCAGAGGAUCAACCAGGACUUGGAGGACAAGAUGUGCAGGACGUCUCAGCACCACGAUGAGGAAAAGAGAGCACUCAGCCGGGAAAUCAUUGUUCUCAACAACCACCUCAUGGAGGCAAAGAUCACCAUCAACAAACUCAGAGAGGACAAUGACCUGUACAGGAAAGACUGCAACCUGGCAGCCCAUCUGCUGCAGUGCUCCAAGUCUCACUACAGAGCACACAAGUUGUCUGAGCUGCCGCUUGAUUUCCAGGAACGCAUCAGCUCCUACAUGGAGCAACAUAGCCGGGGUAGAGGAGCCACCAUAGCAAUGUGUCACCCUAAUUACCCUGAAGAGGUGCCCACGGCUGUAAUUGCCAAGGUCCUGGAAAAGUCUGAACCUGGAAGCAAUUCCCCUAUAACAUGCUCAUCAAGCUCACAAGCUCAGGAUGGAGACUUUCUAAUAGGAACAGGAAGCAAUGAUCAUCUGAACCGUCGCAUUUCAUAUAAGACAUCGGACCUGUACUGCAGUGACACAGCCCUGUAUUGUCCUGAACGAUGGCAAGACACAGAACGCAGGCAGAGCGUUGACCUCCAUGGCACUGGCCUGCUACAGCUGCACGGCCAGACCUCCUUAGAGAGUAACCCGGAUGAUGAUCCUUUCCAGUCUGGCAGUUUCUCCCACCAUGACCCCCCAACAUCUUUCCACCACCACGACGAGUUUGGAACUGGAAGUUUCCCUGCCUCUAGUUCAUACUCCAGCUUCAGUCUUGCAUCAGAUGAGAAAGGAGCAGUUAGUGGUGGGGGUGGGUGCAGUGCCAGCAGUGCAUUGUCCUCUUCCCACCAGGGUCUCUAUAUGGACUGGAGAGAUGGUGUAAGUGGGGACUAUGAGCAUAAGAGCUUGUCUUCAUAUGACAAAGAAAGUCCUGUCUUCUCCAAAUCACACAGCAUACAGCAUAUGGUGACCACUAGAAGCCCCCACAAAGGCACCUCACCAUCGUAUACAAGGACAGCUUCGUGCUUGAGUGAACCAUACCACUCCAGCUCCCCUCGCCUCGCCUCUUUCCACAGCAUGGGGUCAACAACAGGACUGGGCCAGGCCCAAGGUGGAGCUUUAGACAGCCGAAAUGACGUACAGGUCCCUGAAGAUGAUUUGAGUGUUCGCUGGAAACAGCUCAGCGUGGAGGAUAUGCACACUUUCUCAUCUUAUCGCAACAUUGCAGGGCGGAUCUCCCCGUACAGCUUCUCUGAGCGACAAUUUGCCAUGGGCCCCUCCAGUAAACUUAAAGACUCUCUCUACAGCAGUUUCCAAGAAGGAGAUGACGUCUUCCACAGCCAUAUGCUUGACCAGUGCUUUUCUAUAGGCUCCCCUUCAACCAGCCACAAUGCCAAACUUAAGGAGCAUCGCAAGUCAGAGAAAACGUCUGUGCUAUACCGAGCCAAGGAUGAUAGUCAAGACUCCGAGUGCAGUCUGUUCCUCUCAGGGAGCUCUAAAGACAAGGAAAGCAGCGGGGGCACAACAACUGCUAACAGUGCCAAGAAGGACUAUGUCAGUCUGAGCGUGGAUAGCUCAGCUGAGUCCUUGCAACACAGCUCGCUGGAAGCCUCGAGUCUUCAGCACUACCCGGCCCCGAGGCCAACCAUUCGUCCUCGCCCAAGUUCCAGUUCUGCUGUUAGCGUAGGCCCUGCGCUCCCAAAGAAGACUUCUCCAAGAUACCAAAAAUUUGGGAGCACGGGAUUGACGAGGAAGGACAGCUUGACCAAGGCACAGCUAUAUGGUACACUCUUGAACUAAGUCCUGAAAAUAGGGUUCAGUUUUUGCAUGCCGAAGAUGACGAGUCCAUACUGUACUGUAAUGCACUGUAUGUCUCCCUGAAGCAUUAUUAACACAUUAUUGUCAUAGGGUGUUAAGCUGUGGUUCCUUUUUGUAUCUUAGCCAAGGCAUGCUUUAUGCAGUCUGUAACAUUUUUGCUAUUGUCCAUUGUGAUACCCUGUAGCAACCUGAUACCAGUUGUGAGGAAACCCUUCCCAGUACUGGGAGUAUUAAUUAGCGCCACCAGUACGCUAUGCUGUUAGCACAGGAAGCAAAUCACCAUCGACUCCUGUUAAAAAGGCAUAUACAAUAUCAUCAAAACUAUAAUGUCUCUUUUCCACUAAUCCCUACUUAGUGUUUUUUCACUUUUCCAUUAGUAACGGUUAUGUGGAACCGCAACUAUUUUUAACGCCUGCUUGCUUGU